CCCACCUUCCCAGCCGUCUCCUUCCUCGGCUCUUCCUGUUCGAACUUGGCUUCCCCGAGCGAGACGAGAGCUCACCCAGCCGCCGGUCGCGAGGUCAGGUCACUCACCGCCUCGCCGCCAGCUGGUUUUCAGCGUGUCGUCCGCUCCGGCGAUCGCCGGAGAGGGGAGUCCGUCGGCGGAACCCGGUGAGUUCCCGAUCCCGGCCCCUGGUGCGGGAAAACUCUGAAUCAAGCACCGGGAAACAUCGGAUCUGGUGUGAUUCCUCGGAGCUCCUGGACUGGGACAGGCACGCUGCGAGCUUGGCUUCGCGGUGAACUGGUUCGAGCCGGCUCGCAGAUCGCGGCCGGGUAGCUGCCGAAUGGGAGAUCGGGGGGCGGCCGCGGUGGCGAGAUGGUGACCGCGAGCUUCAGCCGGAGCACGUCGGCGCGGCUCACAGCGAGGGGCGGCGUAGGGAGCCCCCGGGUCUCGUCCGCGGCGGCCGCGCACCGCAAGUGGUGGGGGUCACCGUCCGGCCCGUCUUUCGAGAGCACCGUCGCCCUGGCCCUUUGCCUGGCCUCCGCCGCGCUCGUGCUCUCCUGCGGCCUGUACCUGUAUGUUUCCCGGUACCUGGGCCAGGGCCAGGGCCGCGCGGUCGCCGAGUUCGCCGGCGACAGUCUGGACUCCUGCAACGUGUUCGACGGCAGCUGGGUGCGGGACGAGAGGUACCCCCUGUACAACAGCUCCGAGUGCCCGUUUGCGGAGAGGGGGUUCAACUGCCUCGCCAAUGGCCGGAGGAACACCGAGUACCUCAAGUGGCGGUGGAAGCCGCGGCAGUGCGACAUGCCGCGCUUCAGCGCCCGAAGCGUGCUGGAGUGGCUGAGAGGGAAGAGGGUCGUGUUUGUGGGGGAUUCAAUGAGCCGAACACAGUGGGAGUCCUUCAUCUGCAUGCUCAUGACAGGGGUGGACGAUCCCAAGAAGGUUUAUGAGGUGAAUGGCAACCAGAUCUCGAAGACGAUCCGAUUUUUAGGAGUGAGGUUCGAGUCAUUCAACCUCAGUGUGGAGUUCUUUCGAUCGGUGUUCCUUGUGCAGCAGACCCCUGCUCCUCCUCUACAUGUGACAAAAAGGGUCCGCGCGAUUCUCAAGCUCGAUAAGAUGGAUGAUCUUAGCAGGAAAUGGGCGAACGCCGACGUGCUUAUUUUCAAUUCAGGACAUUGGUGGACUCCCAGCAAAUUAUUUGACAUGGGUUGUUAUUUUGAGGCUGGAGGCUUGCUUAAACUGGGAACAUCAGUUAAUUCUGCUUUCAAAAUGGCACUGGAAACAUGGGCUUCAUGGGUCAAGGAAAAAGUGGAUUUAAAACGAACACGUGUCUUCUUCCGGACAUAUGAGCCAUCUCAUUGGAGUGGCUUGAACCAAAAGGUAUGCGAAGUAACAGAAAGACCUACAACCGAGGCCAUAGGAGCUGACAGGAGUGAAUUUAGGGAUAUACUUGCUGAUGUUGUUGCGAACAUGAGCGUUCCUGUCACUAUACUGAAUGUGACUUUGAUGGGGGCCUUCAGGAGUGAUGCGCAUAUUGGUAUUUGGAGUCAUCCUUCUACCAUACUUGAUUGUAGCCACUGGUGUCUUCCCGGAGUUCCAGAUGCUUGGAAUGAGCUAAUAUUUUCUCACCUUUUGACGGAUGGUUGGCGAAAGCUGGCUGGCUGACUAUUUGACUGUACACUCAACCUUUUGUUUUUCUGGUCGAGUUUCAUGUUGCUUCUUGCAUUUUUAUGUGCCGAAGGAGCGAAGACAUUAAGUCUCGGCAGACAGCAGUAUGCGUACAAGUUGCUCCAUUCCUCAUCCUUGCUUCGAUUAGCUCCAGUAAGAAUUGCAUAUCCCCUGUCAUAUAGAUAGAUGCUCGGCUGUUAUCUGCUUUUGCGUUUUAGUCUUUUUGGACAUAGAGAACAUGGCAGUUUGUAACCUGCAUGCACAAACCGAUGGAAUGCAAUUUUGGAAAUUCAUCUCUCUCGCAUGAAAUCGGUCUGCCGUCA